AUGACAGCUGGACCUACAGAGACGACCAGCUUACUCCCACGGGAGGAGGGCGUCAGGGAACGUCCAAAAAAUGACAGUAAGCCCGCAGACGCCGGGUUGUCAUGGAAGAGGUUGCUCGGCAUCAUUGGGGCCUUACUUGGUGUUUUCCUUGCCGGUGCCGACGAGUCUAUGGUAUUGGUAACAUACCAGACCAUUGCCUCGCAUUUCAAGCAGUUAGGGGACAGCCCCUGGGUGCUUGCAGGAUACAAUUUGGGUUAUUGUGUGGCUCUACCAGUGUAUGGGAAAUUGAGCGACACUUAUGGCCGACAGAUACCCUUGGUUGUCUCCUACUGCCUCUUUAGCGGUGGCUGCAUAUUUUCGGGUACGGCAACUGCAUUAUGGCAAGUUAUUGCUGGGAGAGUAAUAACAGGAAUUGGGGCAGCUGGCAUGGUUGCUCUAGUAUGCGUGUUAAUCACUGAUAAUGUCUCGCCCAGCCAGGUAGCAAUUACACGGAGCUACGUGAACAUGGUCAGUGUCUUCGGUCGUGUUCUCGGAGGACCCAUUGGGGCUUUCAUUACGGACAGCGUCGGGUGGCAAUUGUCUUUUGUUGUCCAGGCUCCGACCGCAAUCAUGUGCUGUAUCAUUUCCAUAGUCCUUCUACCUCCAGCCAAACCAAUGGACAAGAAUGUGAAAAAGAUUGCGCUGCGCAAAAGAGUUGAUUUCCUGGGGAUCGCUAUGUUUGCUAUCUCGAUCACCACCUUCCUGGUUGCCCUCAGGCUUCUAGGUGACCAUGAAGCUUCGACGAGAAUAACGAUUCUAUUCGGAGUAGUCUCCGUUGUAUUUGGUGCUUUUUUCCUUGUGGUGGAGACUUACUAUGCGAGAGAACCCGUUAUUCCCCCUGGCUUACUCAAAAGCAUGGCAGGUCCAUACGCUGUCCAGGUGCUUUUACAAGUAGGAGCCUUUGCGAAUUUGACAAAUAUUGCGCCCUAUUUCAUUCGCACCACGGGGGCCAGUAACACACGAGCUGCAAUUUACCUUGCUCCUGUGUUCGUGGGUUUCACAACUGGCUCUGUCACUGCUGGCUAUAUUAUCAGGAAAACUCAUAGGUAUAAGACCUUAUCAAUCAUAUCUGUUCUCCUCGGCCUCACAUUUUUCACCUUGAUUGCGGUAAGAUGGCGAACUGGGGUAAGUAGCUGGGAAUCGCUAUACGUGCUCCCAGCUUUCCUGAGUUUCGGUCUCUUGCUCUCGACAACCUUUACCGGGCUGAUUGCGUGCACUCCGAAGUCCAUUCAUGCCACAGCUAUAUGCGUCUACUAUCUCUGCCAGCAGGUUGGCACUAUGCUUGGAACUGUGCUUUCCUCUCUGACUAUUGAAACAAUAUUGCGUGAGGUUCUUAAGAUACGCCUUGAAGACAUUCCUAACAAAAAGGAGAUCAUCGAGCGUGUUCUACAUGAUUCUAACCCUAGCAUCAUCCCCGAGGCGCUACGAAGCAUUGUUCGCAGCAGCUAUCUCUACAGUUUUCAAUUUGCUGCCUUCCUACCCGUGAUCACCACUGCCAUGGUUCUACCAUUGAUGGCAAUAGACAGGGAGGUAGAGGUUGAGUAG